AUGAGCUCAGUUGUUAGCUUGGCACGGGAUUGGGCGACUGCCCUUCAUAUCCCCAAUAUUCUACAGGGUUUAACGGGUGGUAUGCGUAUUACACUGGUGCCUAUAUUUGCCCGUCAACUUGGUUCUUCUGAUGCUCUUUUAGGAGUUAUCAUUGGAUCUGCUGGAGUAUCGAAAGUUUUUCUUGAUAUCGUUUUUGGUUUUGCCACUUCUGCGUAUGGUUGUCGUAUGAUCAUGAUGGCUGGAAUGGUGGUGAAUCUUCUUGGUAUAAUUGUGGCUGUUCUUGCACAGUCACCUUUUCACCUUAUUUUCGCAUCAUUACUAUGGGGAGCGGGUAUUGGGGCAUUCUUUGUUUCUCGCCAUGUGUUUAUUGCAAAGGCUGUUCCUAGAAAUAUUCGUGGUCGUCUCAUGUCUAUGAUUGGUGGAGAGAUUCGCUGGUGUUCUUUUGCGGGUCCGGCGUUGGGAGGAAUUCUUGUAGAUUACUCUAAUGUUCGCCUCGCUGUGCUUUUAAUGUUUCCCAUGGCUCUUGGAUGUGCAUGUGUUGUGUCAGCAAGUGAAAAGAUACGUGAAGUAGAUGCUCAAAAACAAGAUUCAGAGGAAAGUACUAGUAUAAGUAAGGAUCUUAAUGCUAUGAUGACCGCUUUUUGGAGAUAUUGGGAUGUUUUAAUACGUGUAGGAGUAUAUUCUUUUAAUAUUAUCUCUUUGAGACAAGGUCGUGGUAUGUUAUUAACACUCGCAGCCAUGAAUAUGGGACUUUCUGCUUCUAUGGUGGGUACUGUGUUAAGUUUAUCUUAUGUUGUAGAUGCUACCUUCUUCUUCCUUGGAGGAUAUAUUAUGGAUCAUUUUGGACGUAAGUAUGCGGCUAUCCCUACUACAAUAAAUUUGGGAAUUGCUUUCCUUUUACUAAGUCACUCAAAUAACUUUACCUCUCUUAUUUUUACUGCUUUUUAUUUUGGUUUGGCAGAUUCCACUGGUGCUGGUAUUUUAAUGACUCUCACUGCUGAUCAUUCACCACCUAGUGGCGGCGCUCCUUUUAUGGGACUCAUGCGAACUAUGCAAGACUCUGGACAAGUAUUUGGACCCAUUAUUUGUGGAUUACUUGUCCAACAUGUGAGUUUUUCAUGGGCUUGCUAUGUUAUGGCUAUUCUUGGUUUACUUAAUGGGGUUUGGGCAUGUAUUAUGAUACCAGAGAAGUCUUGCUCACAAGAAGAAGAAGAACAAUCAAGAGCUGCUGCUGCAAUGGAAGAAGCAGUGUCAUUAACUAAAAUAGAUAUGAAAGCGAAGAAAACUGAUGAUGCUGGGGAUAGUGAAGUGGUGGUAAUGGAUAUAUCAGUGAAAGAAUAA